AUGAUGCAACAUGCCUGGCAAAAUUACAAACUCUAUGCCUGGGGCAAAAACGAACUGAGACCGCUGUCACAACGAGCCCAUAGUAGUAGUAUUUUCGGCUCCAUGGAUCUAGGAGCCACAAUAAUUGAUGGCCUUGACACUCUCUACCUAAUGGGUUUGGAGAAAGAAUACAAAGAAGGCAGAGAUUGGAUUGAACGUAAAUUCACCUUAGACAAUGUUAGUGCCGAUUUAUCGGUAUUUGAAACGAAUAUACGUUUCAUUGGUGGUCUCCUAACAAUGUAUGCCUUUACGGGUGAUAAUCUUUAUAAGGAGAGAGCCCAACAUGUAGCAGAUAAACUAUUACCUGCCUUCCAGACACCAACUGGUAUACCAUAUGGUUUGGUAAAUCCUAAAACUGGUUUGAGUAAAAAUUACGGUUGGGCUUCCGGUGCAAGUUCUAUACUUUCUGAAUUUGGUACUCUACAUUUAGAAUUUAGUUAUUUAAGUGAUAUUACCGGUAAUCCUUUAUACAAGGAGAGAGUACAAACCAUUAGACAAAUAUUGAAAGAGAUCGAAAAACCCAAAGGUUUAUAUCCCAAUUUUCUGAAUCCUAAAACUGGUAAAUGGGGUCAAUUACACAUGUCAUUGGGUGCUUUGGGAGAUAGUUUCUAUGAAUAUUUGCUUAAAGCCUGGCUUCAGUCCGGUCAAACCGAUGAAGAAGCCCGACAAAUGUUUGAUGAAGCCAUGGUUGCCAUUAUUGAUAAAAUGGUACGCACUAGUCCUAAUGGUUUGACUUAUGUUUCCGAUUUGAAAUUCGAUCGUUUGGAACAUAAAAUGGAUCAUUUAGCUUGUUUUUCAGGUGGUCUCUUUGCUUUGGGCGCUAACACCAGACAAAAUGAACACACUGAAAAGUUUAUGAAUAUUGGCAAGGGCAUCACGAAUACUUGCCACGAAAGUUAUAUACGAUCAACUACACGUUUAGGACCAGAAGCAUUCCGCUUUAGUGAAGCCGCCGAGGCUCGUGCCUUGAAAUCGAAUGAAAAAUACUACAUAUUAAGACCCGAAACUGUGGAAAGUUACUUUGUGCUCUGGCGUUUGACACACGAUCAAAAGUAUCGUGAAUGGGGCUGGGAUGCUGUACAAGCAUUAGAGCAACAUUGUCGCACACCUCACGGUUAUUCGGGCAUUAAGAAUGUCUAUCAAGAAGUACCACAAAAAGAUGAUGUACAACAAAGUUUCUUUUUAGCUGAAACCCUUAAGUAUUUGUAUCUGUUAUUCUCUGAUGAUUCACUGAUACCCUUGGAUGAAUGGGUAUUUAAUACUGAGGCUCAUCCUUUGCCCAUUAAAGGGGCAAAUAUUUACUAUCGCCAGGCGACGUCAACAUCAGCAGCAGCUACUAAUGCCUCCUAAAAUUAAAAGGCUAAAUUGUUGUACGCAUUAAAUCUAACUCAGCUGCUAGUUUUAUAUAUUUUAAGUUUUUCCAUUAUCGGGCACUAAGUGUGCUCUAAUCUCAACAACAUAAAACAAAUUUUGCUUUUGAAAUUUUGACUAUUGAAUACAUGGUAUAAGGACAUGUAUCAACAUUUUCUUUUCCUUUUUUUCAUUUAUUUCUUUUUCGUUUGACCUUUUCCCCUCUUUAGCAAAUUUGGUUUUCCCCUUUUUGAGUUUUUGUCACUAAACCAAAAAUUAUUUUUAAUUUUCUUAAAAAAAACAACUUUUUUAAGUUUGCUUUGAAUCUUUUAUAUGUCUCUCUCUCUCUUGCUUACUCUCCAGUUAGACAACAUUUCAAAUAUAAAAUAUAUAUUUUUUUAUUUUUCUCUUUUUCAUUUAAAAAAUAAUGAUAAUUCGCACAUUUGUAGCAACAAGUACUAAAUAUUUUAAUUAAUCUAAUCACCUCUGUAGAACUGUGUUAAAGAAAACAAAAACAAAAAAAAGAAUAUUUCUAUUGUGAGCAAUUCUUCACUAGCACUUAUGUAGUUUUUUUUUAAUAAUUUUCUUUUAAUUAAUUUUUUUGUAGCAUAAUUUUUUUUAUAUAGUUUAUUAUUAUUUAGGUUUUGUUUUAAUUUACCUUUUUUGUUCGUAAUUUAUUGUAUAUUUUUAGAACAAAAAAUAUAUAUAAAUAUUGUAAUUAUUUUACGUAAAUAAUUUUCUUUCCUAAAUAUUUUUGUAACUAAGGCAAACUAAUAUUUAAUGUUUAAUCCAUUUUUAUUACGUUAAAGUUGUACAAAACUUAAUAAUGAUGUUUAAUUAAUGAAAUAUAAUAUUUGUAUAUAGAUGCGUCCAUAUCUAUAUAGUGAUUUCCUGCAGAAAAAAAAAACUUUUAUUUAGAAAACCAUUUUUGAAAAGUAAUUUUCAAUUUCUUUAGCUCGUUAGCUAAACAUAUUUUUAAUAAGAAUUUUCUUUAUAUAAUGUUUUACAACUCUGCCUUUUUCUAUAUAAAAUGUGUAUUUAGUUUCUUGCUUAUAGCUCUGUUUUCAUAUUUGUAAUCUUUUCUUUUUGAGUACAAAUUGAAAUAUUCCAAAAUGUUUCGAGUAUGUUAAGGUUUUUUUCAAUAAAUGAUUUUGGUUUUAACAACUUUAAUAACAAUUUUCAAGAAAUCUCUCUUUUUAAACAGAUUUUUCGAAAAAUUCUUUUUUAAUUAUAUAGUAAUUUCGAAAAAUUCUUCCUUUGAAAUUCUCUC